AUGAGCGACAAUAACCUCCCCUCAUCAUCAACUCCACAGACAGCUGCUGCUGCCCCUGUCGAGUCUCAGCCAUCUGCUGCUCCUACAACUCCCAACGCCUCUGUCACUGCUACUGCUGCGGCUGCCACGGCUGCAAUCAACAGCUCCAUGAACGGUGGUGAUCAGCUCCCCUGCCAGUGGGUCGGCUGCACUGAACGGUCUCCUACGGCUGAGGCCCUCUAUGAACACGUCUGUGAACGCCACGUUGGCCGGAAGAGCACUAACAAUUUAAAUUUGACCUGCCAAUGGGGCACUUGCACCACCACCACUGUCAAGCGCGACCAUAUCACCUCCCAUAUCAGAGUCCAUGUGCCGCUGAAGCCUCACAAGUGUGACUUCUGUGGCAAGGCCUUCAAGCGCCCCCAGGAUCUCAAGAAACACGUCAAAACCCAUGCUGAUGAUUCGGAGAUCCGUUCUCCUGAGCCUGGCCUGAAGCAUCACCCGGACAUGAUGUUUCCUCAAAACCCAAAGGGCUAUGCUGCAGCAACCCACUACUUCGAGACUCCGGUCAAUGGCAUCUCAGGCCAGGCCUACAGCCAUGGUGCUCAAUACUACUCUCACCACCCAGCACCUCCCCAAGCUGCAAACCCUCACUCAUAUGGCAAUGUGUACUACGCUUUGAGCCAAGGUCCUGAUGGAACCUCCUCAUAUGACCGUAAGCGCGGGUACGAUGCCUUGAAUGAAUUCUUCGGUGACCUGAAGCGCCGCCAAUUCGACCCGAGCUCUUACGCUGCUGUUGGCCAGCGCUUGCUCGGCCUCCAGGCUCUCCAGCUCCCAAUUCUGAAUGGCCCAGUUCCCGAGUAUCAGCCAAUGGCUGCUCCUGUCCCUGUUGCGGGAGGUGGCGGUGGAGGCUACAGUCCAGGCGGCGCGCCCGCUCCUGCUUACCACCUACCUCCUAUGUCCAAUGUUCGCUCCAAGAACGACCUGAUCAACAUCGACCAAUUCCUGGAGCAGAUGCAGAACACCAUUUACGAGAGUGAUGAGAAUGUAGCUGCCGCCGGCGUUGCUCAGCCCGGUGCUCACUACGUCCACGGCGGCAUGAACUACCGUACCAGCAACUCUCCUCCCUCCCAGCUCCCUCCUAGCCAUGUCACCGCUACCACCUCUGCUUCCAUGAUGCCUGCCUCGGCUCACUCUCCCACUCCUGCCUUGACUCCUCCCUCUAGCGUGCAGUCGUACGCGUCCGCCCGCUCCCCAAUGUCGAUCCAGUCGCACCGUGUUUCGCCCCCCCCACGAAAGCGGUGCGGCAUGCCUGCGGGAUACGCGACUUCUGGGGCUGCUCCACCAACUCUCGGCGCAUAUGACCACGAUGAUCGCCGUCGCUACACCGGCGGUACGCUGCAACGCGCCCGCCCUGCCGAGCGUGAGACCCGUGACGCUAGCAUGGGUAUCUCGGAGGACGGCAGCAAAGAUGGCGACCGCACUCCAACCAAGAAGCGCUCUCCUGCCGUUUCUGAGCACUUGAUCGACCCGGCCCUCUCCGUCGCAGACCCCGAUCAGGAGGCUGCUCAGCGUACUGCCCAGGCAGCCACCGAGGUUGCCGAGCGGGAUGUCAAUGUGGCCUGGGUGGAGAAGGUUCGCCUACUGGAGAACCUGCGUCGUCUAGUCUCAGAGAUGAUGGAGGGCGGUAACUUUGGCGAGUCGGAAAACUCGGACCAGAGCAAGAGCCGAUCCGUCACUCCUUCGGUCGAUGGCAUGGAGGGUCUUGAAACUGCCAGCACCCACCAUUCACCCGCCAAGGAGGAGUCGGGCAAGACCGAGUCAGAAGAGAACUCGGUCAUGUACCCGACUCUCCACGGUCUGGAUGAUGAUGGAGAUGCCAAGAUCUCGGAGUAG